CUGCCGAGUCGCGAGAGGGUAUGGAGUGGGUUGUUGGCCGCGAAGGCGUAUGCUUGGGAUCAAUGCAUGGAAUUCGGGCAUUGGUUGGAUGAGCAGACACGAGAACCACCGAGACCGAAGAAGAAGAGAAGGGUAGAUCGGGAGGACAGGAAAAGGAGUCCCAAUGUCAAGAUACAGAAAGAACCGCUGGGUUCGGGAGACGAACCACGACCCUCACAACGCAGGCAGAAGUCUAUCUUGAAACCGAAGCCGAAAGAGAUGGACGCUUCAAAACAUCUGCGCAUACGCAGUGAUGCACCAUCACCACCACCAACGCGCAUCCUAAAACCUCGCGACCUUCCGCCCCCCGAACCCUUCAACGUACCGCAUUCAGCACCCCGCUUCCAGAAAAGCAUACCCGAUCUCAAAUCCAAACUCGCCACAGCUCUCGCCGUAUCGCUGCAACCCGCGAAGCCGCCUCCACCGCCAUCAACAAAGGUACCACGAAGUCCGUAUGGACCUUCACCAGCACCACGGAUCACGAAGUUUGCAGAGACGUUGGAGAUGAUGAGUCCGUCGCCGAAGAAGAGGGCGGAGAAGAGCAAGGUGUGGGACGCCAAGACGGUGGAGGUGAUUGAGAUUGAUGAUGAGACGCCAACAUCGACACCGAUCAAGAAUCGUACGACAAAGAUGGAGUCGAAUGGGCUGUUCACGCCAACACCAAAGGCGAAGGUACCGGCACCAAAACAACCAAUUCCGAGAGACGAACCGGACAAUGACAGUCUCCAAGAACUACUGGAGCUCCUGAAGCAAGUCAGAAGCGAAGAAGGCCACUACGAAUAUGACAAAUACCGCGAAGCAAAAGCAAAACGAGAAGCCGACCUCGCCAAGAUGCGCGAAGAAAAAGCCCGCGGCGGGUACCGUCCCACCGGAAAACCGGCCCCUCUCUCCCCCGACAUCCUCGAAAAAGUCAGCGAACUCUUCCGAGACGCAAGAGACCGCCCGAACCACGUCUUUGCCGAGAAAAACAACAUCCCGAUCAAGGGCCGAGAUUUACAGACUCUCUCACCCCGCAUGUGGCUCAACGACGAAAUCAUCAACUUCUACAUCGCACUCCUCAACGAACGCUCACGCUCCCUCGGCAUGAAAGUGCAUAUCUUCAACACCUUCUUCCUCACAUCCUUCGAACAAAAAGGGUACAGCUCCGUCCGCCGCUGGGCCAAGAAAGCAAAAGUCAAGAUCGAGGAAAUGGAUUUAGUGGUUGUCCCGGUAAACGUGUCUAACACGCAUUGGUGGCUAGCAACCAUCAACCUCGCCCACAAACGCCUCGAAUGCUGGGACUCGAUCCACACCGAUCCUGCGCACUACUUCUCCCUCAUACGGUCUUACCUCCAAUCGGAAUGUCCGGAACUCGAUGCCUCGACGUGGGCGGAGUAUGCUGAUGAGUCGAGGCCGAUGCAGAGGAAUGGGAGUGAUUGUGGGGUGUUUACUUGUUUGUUUGCGGAGGUGCUUAGUCGGGGGGCACGGUAUGAUUUUGGGGGUGGGGUUAGGGAGAUGGAGGGGGUUAGGAGGAGGAUGGUGGCAGAGAUUAUGGGGUGGGUUGAGUUGCCUAUUGAGGUUGCUGAUGGGGGGCCGAAGGCGAGGUUGUAGAAUGUAAGGGAGGGGUUGCUGCUGAGUUUCGUAUGGAUGGAAUGG